UUAGGUAUCAAUGUACCAAGGAGCAGGUUCUUGCCUGUGAAGAAGACGCAAGAUUUAAGAUUUUAUACUUGCAUGUAUAUACUUUUAGGUAUCAAUGUACCAAGGAGCAGGUUCUUGCCUGUGAAGAAGACGCAAGAUUUAAGAUUUUAUACUUGCAUGUAUAUACUUUUAGGUAUCAAUGUACCAAGGAGCAGGUUCUUGCCUGUGAAGAAGACGCAAGAUUUAAGAUUUUAUACUUGCAUGUAUAUACUUUUAGGUAUCAAUGUACCAAGGAGCAGGUUCUUGUCUGUGAAGAAGACACAAGAUUUAAGAUUUUAUACUUGCAUGUAUAUACUUUUAGGUAUCAAUGUACCAAGGAGCAGGUUCUUGCCUGUGAAGAAGACGCAAGAUUUACUGAUAGUCAUGAGUAAUCUAUACUUUAUGAAACAUGGUAGCUUGAGAAUGAGUGAAAAGCGACAAUUCUCAACCGUCCCUCUUGUGAAACUAGGAACACAUUUUGAUAAGGUUA